AAAGCAAUCUGCAAAAGGAUUAGUGGUGGUGCAACGCGUAAGCUCUACUCUACUCCUCGUACUGAGCUAGAGCUUAUAAAAGGAGCAGGCGAUUAACAGCUUGGUCAUCAAUCAUCAUCAUCCGCAUUUGGUGAUUGGUGUCAGGCUCAGAGUCUUGCUACUACCCGGGGAGAUCGAUGGAGUCCCGGGAGGCGAUGGAAGCGGAUAUGGUGGCGCCGGCGGCCGCUGCCGGCGCAGGCGCAGGCGAUGUCGGUGGAGUAGCCAAGAAUGGACCUCCAGUGCCAGUAGAAAAGGCUGCAGAUGGCUCGGCUGACAGAGAUGCCAUACUUGCAAAGGUGGAGAUGGACAGGAAAUUGUCGACGAUCAAGGCUUGGGAGGAGAGCGAGAAGAGCAAAGCCGACAACAAGGCUCAGAAGAAGAUGUCAUGCAUCCUCUCGUGGGAGAACACAAAGAAGGCGUCAGUCGAAGCAAAACUGCGAAACCGAGAGGAGAAGCUGGAAAAGAAGAAGGCAGAGUAUGCGGAGAAGAUGAGGAACCAGAUUGCAGCCAUCCACAAGGAGGCAGAAGAGAAGCGUGCAUCCGUGGAGGCCAAGAGACACGAGGAAAUUCUCAAGUACGAGGAUAUGGCGGCCAAGCACCGAUCCAAAGGGACUACCCCGGCGAAGAAAAUCCUGGGCUUUUUUUAGCACAAAAUACAGUCCUGUUCUUGCACAAUCUGAAUGGGACCAAGGGCGAGCAAUUUGAUAUUAGCUUCUGAGGCUUAAGCUUGGUUUUGUUUUGGGCUUGUUUUCUUGUUGAUGUUCCGGCCUCUUGGCUAUUGUGCUUGUACUUUUACUAUCCUUAGCUGAAAAUGUAAGCCUGCGCCUGUGCAGUAUGAUGUAAUUGUAUGCAUUGUAUUUGUAGUCACUCAACAUUUUCAAAAGCGAAAACCUGUAGCAUAGCUGCAUGUACGUGUAAUGUACUUUGAAGGAAGGUACAUAACAAUGUGAACAUCUGGAUUCUGGAGUGUGGGACUUGGUGCUGGUGCUGAACAGUGACCAGAAUUCAGAAC